UUUCAUACCCACAAAUAUUUAUUGGGCAUUAAGAUGUGACACUCUGUUAUAAAACUUGGAGAUAGAAACGUGUACUAGCUUGAGACACCUCCUGAAACUUGCGGGCGAUGAAGGUGGUUAUUUUUAUCUCUGUCUACUUCAUUGGCGAUAACACUAAAUCCAGGGCAAAGGGGGGAGACCUAGCUGCCAGCAUAGGGAGCAAGGGAUUUUUUUUUUCUGAGGAGAGUGGGGAGUGUAACCUGAAAUCUUAGCCAUAAUAUACACUCACUACACUUCUGUUUCCCCUCCCCCACAUAGCGCUGUGCCCUCUGCUCCUCCUCAGUUACUCUCACUCACUUUUGCUUUCCUGUUUCAAGCUUGACUCUCCCUCCGUGUCUUCUAUUUGAGUUAAAACAGUCGCCCCUCCUCACUGGUGAAUGUCAUUGCUCUUUUCCCUUUCCAGAACAUUCUUCCCUUCCCAGUUCUAGUUCUGCUGCUUCUCCCCUAAACACCUCAAACUCCUUCUGUGACCUCUAGUGAAGUUUGGUUCUUUGACAGUGUGGCCCGUUUGCCCUCACCCUUGUCCACGGACUGCCCUGCUUUGCUUUGUUAACGUGCACUCCUUGUUACACAUUCUGUCAGCCCUUUGCUCUUUUUCUGCAUGCCUGGACCACCCUCCAUUUCACUGAUCCGUUAUGAUCAGGCCACAGGGCCAUUUUCUCUUGAAUGCUUUCUAUAGCCAGAAUGAUGAAUUGCUCCCAAAAUUCCGAGCUCCUCAACAUGAGAGACCCUUGUCUAUCCUUGUCACACCAGCAUCUACCAUAAUGCCAAUCAGGUAGAAAGCGCUCAUUAGUAUUUUUCGUAAGGCAUCAAAAUCCAAGAGUUCUUAUUCAUGUUUGUUUACACUGAGAAGUCGUCACAACACCUGUGUGCACAAAAGGCUCUCUAUAGUUCAUAUUUUAUUAUCUGUAUGUCAGUCACAGCUGUUCAGGAGCUGUGGACAUUUGGCUUGGCAUGUCUCCAAAACUAUAAAUUUAUGUCUUACUUUUAAAUGCGCUAAUACUCGAUUGGAAGGCUGUCGAUGAUUCUGAUUCUUAAACCUGGAAUUUCUAUUUAACUUUUAUAAGGACUCUCACUUGCUAUAUAUGAGUGUGCCUUUCUUGAGGCCUUCUUGGAUGCUCCUGGAUAGAACCAUGUGGCCUCCUGUGGACUUUACCUUAGCCAUGAAGACUUCUGACAGCCUUCCUCUGAUUUGGAGACAUUUGAAGAAUCUAGCACAGUGCUGUCCCUAGGUUUAGUUCUGGGCAACAGAUGCAGUAAAACAUGCAAACAGCUACGAAUGGUGCUUGAAGUAGCCCGUGUCGGAGACAGGCAGGAAAGAAGGACAGAGAGCAAACACUCUUGGUGGCCAGUAACCCAUGUAGCUGACCCAUUCAACAGAUGGUAAAGAAGAGUGCUCGGAGAAGCGCCUUGCAGUUAUACAGACAAAAUUGAAAGUGAGGGAAGAGACUACACUUCUGCAAGAGGUCCUGCUCACAGUGAACUGUGUGAUCGCAGUCUCCCUGGAGCCUGAGUGUGAAACCUGAAUUAAGCCGUCUGGCAGCCUUUUCCCGGCCCUUGUGCUCCAUCUUGAGAAUUGAUGAGGUGCUUAGCAGAAUGAAUGACACAAGGCUCUGCCUCGAAGCUGACAGUUUAUAAGAUGAUACAUCACAAAAGGAGCAAAAUUGCUAACUUAAUGCAUGCUCGACCUGCUCUUUCCAUGGAAGCUGAUGAAAUACCACCGUACUUACCAAUCAAGGAAGCAGUUUGUGAGAAAUUAAUAUCUCCUAUAAGAAUUGAUCCUAACCCUACAGACACACUAUAAAGCACCCCUGAGGACUCACUGUGGGAGCCAGCUGGACACCUAGCUGUUACCUGUAGAAUGCACACACAUGUGUACAUGCGUGCAAUAGUUGUGGGGCUUUCCUGACAUAGUGUAGGGCCUUAUUGUCUGGGCAUAUUUUUAUCAUGCUAUUUGAUUUCUUUGUCCAUGUGCAGAUUUUCCUUUGCCUCUGAAGAAAAACAAUCUAAAAGGUUAUUUCGGGAAGUUAUUUGAAAGGAAGAAGCAGCAGCUUUGGGCCUGGAGUGUAGCCUUGUGAGUGGCAGGGCAUGCAUUUAACACGUAUGAGGACCUGUUUUCCAUUCUGAGAGAAGAUAGAGUUUACAUGGAAGAUUAAAAUACAUGCAUGGUGCUCUUUCUUUUCUGCCACCGCCAUGCCAUCCAGACUGAGGAAGACCGGGAAACUCCAGGGCUACGUGAGCCACGGCCACGGUCUCAUUGGUAAGGACCGCAAGCACCCAGGAGGUCUCGGGAAUGCCGGAGGCGUGCAUCACCACAGGAUCAAUUUUGACAAAUAUCAUCCAGGUUACUUCGGCAAAGUUGGCAUGAGGCAUUACCACUUGAAGAGGAACCAGAGCUUCUCCCCAACGGUCAACCUGGAUAAAUUAUGGACGUCGGUCAGCCAGCAGACACGGGUCAAUGCAGCAAGAAACAAGACUGGAGCUGCUCCCAUCAUUGACGUUGUUCGAUCAGGCUACCACAAAGUUCUGGGGCAGGGGAAGCUCCCUAAGCAGCCUGUCAUGGUGAAGGCCAAAUUCUUCAGCAGAAGAGCUGAAGAAAAGGUAAAGGGUGUUGGAAGUGCCUGUGUUCUGGUGGCUUAAAACCACUUCAGAGGUUAAUUAAAUGCAAACAUUUAAAAAAAAAUACAUGUAUGGUGACUUGUGCGGCUAUGUUGCCUUUGAAAUCACCUCCCUGCUGUCUUGUGUGACUUAAAUUUCAUCUACGUGAACCUUCUUUGCUCCUCAGACUUCGGAUAAAUGAACUAAUUUUUCAAGUCGUGAUUGUUUCUAGAUCCCCAAAUCCUCCUCACGCCCCGUAUUCUGAAACGAGCUGCACUAUUUUAUAUUCUGCAUUAUGUUCGCACAGGUAAUGUGACCCUAGGUAAAAUUGUCUCCGUGUUCAGUGAGAUGCAAGCCAAACAUGAGUCAAUGGCAUGAAAUUAGACAACGCCAAGUCAGGGAGCACGAUGGUGAGGAAUACACUACCAGACUCACAUCCUGUGGUGGUUUGGAUGAGAAUGUUCCUCGUGGACUGUCAGACUCAUUUCCCGAGCGCCGUUCAGCCUUUUUGAGAGGGACAAUUAAAUGCAGCUCUGUAGAUGAGAAUCAUAUUAAUGUGACCGCCCCUUCUGCAUUUCCCUGCCUCCAGUUUUUGGACUAGUGUCACACGGAUACACCUGAGCUUGUCUCUCAGAUUUCAGUAGAAAUGAAAACAGUGAAACUAAUGUGAGCUGGGGUUCGGCUACUGGGAUAAAGGCAUUGCUAGUCUUGAAGAAGCCAUCACUCUCCAAGUGUAUAUUAGUUUGCUUCUUGGUGCUGUGAUUAAAAAAAAAAAAAAACACCUUGAUCAAAGAAGCAUACAGGAGAAAGAAUUCACGUCUACUUAAUGGUUCCAGAGGGAGAAGCGCAGAGCAUCCUGGGGACUCAGGGCAGCAAGCGGCAAGGGCAGGAAGUGGAGAGAUCACAUUUUAAACUAAAGAGAUGAAGUAAAGGCACGAAACCAGAAAUAGAGCAAAGCUAUGAGUCCUCAAAGCCCACCUCUACCGACACUUGUCUACGAAGGCCUCUCUUCCUAAACCUGCCAACAGUGCCACCAACCGGAGAUCAAGUGUUCAGACCCAUGAGCCUAUGGGGGAGCGCUUCUCAUUUAAACCGCCACACAGAACAGGAGACUACGCUGUAUUGUUGGCUGAGUGACUGUAGAGUGUCCUAACUAUAAGGUGAUUUGGGGUUGGGUAGUAUACUUAUUUUUAUAAUCUUUUCUAUUUUUUAUUCCUGAACACCAGUAUGUCAGUUUAUUAUUAAAUUAUUUCUCAUCUGUCACAUACCUGGAUGAGAAGGAAGGAUGGGCGGGAGAGAAGUUUGAAGGAAGAGGAGGAGACUGGAAUGGAAAGGAGGAGAGACAGGAGGGAGAGGGAGAGAAGCCGUGACAGGACAAUAUGGCAGGUGACGUUAAGAUUCCGUGCUGUACCUUUACAGGUUGUUACUAAUGUUCUUAAGAGAUGGAUGUGUAUUGGGCUUUGUAUGUUUAGGUGGGCAAUUAUAUCUUAUCAAUUGGGCCAAAGGUUAUUGUGUUGUGUGUUCCUUCAUGUGUAGAUUUAAGUGUAAGGGAGUGUGGGACGGCUGGUCUGGGCUGCCAUGGAAUUGGAAUGUGUGUGCUUCUGGCAAGAUAUCUAGCAGAUAUCUUGGGGCACCGUGGUGCUGGACCUAAGGGGGGUUAAAAGACAACAAUACUGUUUUUUUUGUUUUGUUUUUGCUUUUUUUUUUUUUUUACAUUUUUACAACAACAGGGGAAUGCCACGGAAAGGAGGCAGAAGGGAGUGGGUGGGUGGUUUGGG